ACUCCUCUUGAAAACAUGUCGCCCAUGAAGCUGUGUGUUCCAGGUGAAAGGCUUUGCAGUGUGGAGGACUGCACCCCCGGCGCGGGCACGUAUCUGCGGCACGGCUCCAUUUUCGCCUCGCUGGCCGGCUACGUGCUCAGGAGGAAUGAAGGCGAAGAGCUACCGGUGAUCUCAGUAGUUAAAGAGACAGAAGCCCAGCUUUUGCCUGACGUCGGAGCCAUCGUCACCUGUAAGGUGACGAGCAUCAACCCACGGUUUGCUAAAGUGCACAUUCUCUACGUGGGAUCCACCCCUCUCAAAGACCGCUUCAGAGGCACCAUCAGGAAAGAAGACGUGAGAGCGACAGAAAAAGACAAAGUAGAGACGUAUAAAAGUUUCCGGCCCGGUGACAUCGUCCUCGCCAAAGUGAUCUCACUGGGUGACGUGCAGUCGAACUACCUGCUGACCACGGCGGAGAACGAACUGGGCGUGGUCGUAGCGCACAGUGAGGCAGGAGUACAGAUGGUUCCCAUCAGCUGGUGUGAGAUGCAGUGUCCUCGAACGCACAAUAAAGAGUUCCGCAAAGUGGCGCGAGUGCAGCCGGAGUACCUGCAGGCGUGAGCGGCAAACUUGACCCCGGAACACACAGCUUCAUACACACACUUGUACCGAGACUCUAGCAGUAAUGUGGAUGUUACUCAACUGGAAUCCAUGAAGCCAGUUAUGUUAGAAAGGAGCGCUUUGACCCUGUUAGCGUAGACAAGUUGAAUCCUUGCUUUCUCUUUUCUGAAACAAAACUGGAGUCGAGACACGUGGAUCAGAACUCAAGACCCGCCGGUUUUCCUCCCCUCCAGCGGGAGUUUGUGAAUUAAUGCUCGUUUAUUUUA